AUGCCAAGACGAGCUCCCUUAGGGCCGGUAAGACGGAGCACCCGAAUUCGUCAUAAGAUAUCGCCAUACUUCAAGGUAAACAGUGAAGAAUGUAGACUCCCUACAGAGAUAUUGGAGCGCUCACUCAAGACAAAGAAAGCCGUAGACGUGAAGGCAAGGCAGCGCAAGGCCUCGCCGAAACGCAAGAGGAACAAGAAGGCCAAGACCGGAGACCAGACGGACCCCCCACCCAUUGCCGAGGCAGAGCGAGUGCACGGCUUGGCAAGGCAGGUCAACUUCUACGGCCUGAUUCAAGAGCUCGUCACACCCAAUGUCUUCCGAUUGCUCGUAGCAACCUGUCUUCUCAACCAAACAAAGGGGCGUGCUGCGAUGCCUGUAUUCUGGGAUCUACUCGGACGGUGGCCUGACGAACAUCACCUCGCCAAAGCAAACGUGGCAGAGCUGACAGACCUGCUGCAACCGAUCGGACUGCACAACGUUCGUGCCCGACGACUGAUCAGUAUGGCUCAAGUCAUGGUCGAGAUCCCUUACGACGAGAGCAAUUCGUUCAAGAGUCGGGACAGAACUGCACCGGAUACCCCCAUCAGCAUCUACCCGGGCGUCGGUCGAUACGCCAUUGACAGCUGGAGGAUCUUUGUUGCUGGUGGAGGCGCCAGUGCUGGGCUGCAGGGCAACAAGCCAGUCAGUCCUUUCGACACGGCUCUGUCCCAAGCUGAAGCUGCCGUUCUGCGUUUGAACCCUCCCCGGCCCGAGGCUGAGCGACCGGAAUGGAAGUCGGUCAUGCCGCUGGACAAGGAGCUUCGCGCGUAUCUCAUCUGGCGCUGGGCCAAGGAAGGCAAGGUGUGGGACCCUUUGCGCGGUCUUGUUUCGACGGAAUAG